CCCAACACGGUCGCCCGUCGUCGCCCUGACACAGGUCCAGUCGGCAGUCGUCCCAAACUCACCGAAGAUCCGACCUAACAGAUUCAUUCUUCGUUUUCUCCAAUUAGAACAUUGGGCAUGCAGAUCAGAUCAAGGAAUCAGUAGAGUGUUGACGAGGAAGUUAAUAAACAAUGCUGAAAAUCGAUUUAAUGAAACCGCAAGUGGCUUAUGGUGUAGAGGCAUGGGAUGAUGGUGGUCUUGGCCAAGUAGCUGGAAUCCUCGUUUCUUAUUCUUCAUCUACCAUUAACUCUCUUCGCUUCCUCUAUUUCAAGGACGGCGCAUUCCAGUUUUCAGAAGAACAUGGCAAACUCCGCGACAACACAGAAAUGAUAAAACUAGACUAUCCGACAGAGUCCCUCACAAUGGUUCAUGGCUCUUAUAAUGUGUGGCAUGACAAUCUUGCACAGAACGUGUCGUCCAUAACAUUUGUGACGAACAAGGCUACAUACGGACCCUUUGGGCUACAAGUACAACCAAAGCCAAACUCCACUGGACCUCUCUUCUUCAAGUUCAGGUUAGGCAGCCAAGCAGAUUGGAUAAAUGGGUUUCAUGGAACCGUUAAGAAUGGCCGCGUUGCAAGCAUUGGCAUUUAUUUACAGACAAUAGCUCCUGCAACUACAACUCACUCCCGUGCUCCGGCUUCUGGGCAUGUUAAAUUGGAGUCUUAGUUAUCCAAAGGGCAUUCAACUUUUAUGGCCUGCCUGCCCCUGAAUUGGGGCACUCUCUCAAAUUUACCUCAGACUUUCAAUUCCCACUGUGGGCAAAAGAGGGUCUGCCAGCCCAGAGUGGUACACUUGCAUAAGGUCUUAACAUUUUAAAUUGAGAAAUUUACCUAAAUAGGACUAAAACAUAAUGACUUUCCUAAUAUAAGACCAUAUGUUUUUAUUUCCCAAUGUAGGACCUUUGGUCAUUAUCACGAAGUCAUUAUUCAACUAAAUGUGCAUCAUUGCUGGACAUUAUUCCUUCCACUAGGUCAUUAUUAAGUUCUAUUUAUGGAAUAAAAAAGUUUAAGUCCUACAUUAGGAAAGUCAUUAUGUUUUAGUCCUAUUUAGUACAAAUUUCACUUUUAAAUUUGAGAGCUACAUAUUUCAGCCUAUUUUAAUCUCCUUAUCUCUUAUUAUGCACCAAAAAAGAGUUUAUAUUGGC